CGUGCGAAAUUGUUUCUAUGGUUGGUUUUGUUAGGGCCAAGGUGAGAGUUGUUCUUUGUUUCCAUUCCCAAAUCCCACGGUUAGGCUGAGGCAGGCUGGUCCACCUCUCUCUCCGGUUUCCCAUUCCCUCAAGAACAAAGGAGGCAGAAACAAGCAAAUUGAAAACAAACAGAACCCAAACAUCUUCUUAAUCCUGGUUUUGUUUGCUUUUUUUGUGUCUUCUGGAAACAGCUCGCACAGCACAGCACAUAAAUGGUGAAGUCAAAUCUUCUCCUUCACAGUAUUAAAUGGAGCUCAUCCCGAUCCACCCAACUUCCACCUACGACCUGGUCUCUCUCUCUCUAAGUCUCCAUUAGAUUAUGAUUAUUAAUUAGUAAUUAGAGGGUUGUGAUAGCGAAGUGAUAAGGGUCUUUAAUUAAUAUUUUCUUCUUCUCUUUCUUUCUUUGGGGAUGUUGUUAGAGUGGCAUUGAAGGCCACUCCUAUAUAGCUGGGGGAAGUUAAUGGAGAUGAUUUCCCAAUCCAAACCCCAGCCACUGCAGCUCACAGCUUAGCCUUGGGGAGCGUUUGAGCCCCUCCUAUUUUUAGUCUCGAGUUGCUAAAAAAAACCAAAAAGCCUCCUCCUUUCCUUCUCAAGUCUUCCCUAAUGGCGGCUGCAGUGGCAGAGCAGCAGGAAUGGCGAGUUGAGGAAGAGGAAGAAGAGGAGCCCUUGAUAGGAAGGCAGAAUCAGAACCACAAAACACCCGCAACCUAUGCAGAAGCAGCAGUCAUGGGCGCUUCCAACGGCACUAAUGGCCAUGGCAGCUUGCAGGAAACUCUCUCUUCCACUGUACCACUAGCAGAGGAACAAGCACAAAUAGCAGGAGGCAACUUCCCUAUUGCAAAUUACGGUUUGUCUGAGGCUAAGGACACAAGUGGAGAAUCCGGAACAGUGUUCAUAUCGAAGACCCUAUUGGUGGAGAAGAGCGAGGGUGUUACUGCUUCUUCUUCUUCUUCUUCUUCAUCUUCAUCUUCAGCUACAUCUUCUGUGGUUGAGAAUGGAAGCAGCAGCGUCAUCAUCGGAGAAACGAAGAAUGAAGUGACAGAAGUGAUACUGGAGAAUGUUUACCAGAAGCAUGCCACCCAAGAAUUCUUCUGUCCUAACUGCCAAGCUUGCAUCAAGAAGGUCAUUCUUCAAGGAGCUGAUAAUGAUGCUAGGCAGCCUGCAACUCCCCCUCCACCACCUGUUCAUAAUACCUUCCGAUGCACAUCCUGCUUCAGUUUCCUCAUUCCCGUAGGCAACUGGAUCUUUGGCACUAGAGGACAGGAUGAUGAUUAUGAGGAAAUAACUGAUCAAGUUGAUGUCCAUGUUCCCCAAGGAACACCAAGCGCUCCUUCAGCCGCAACAAAUGCUCCCUCGGCUGGAGAAGUUGUUGUUGAUCAAGGCAAAGUCUCAUCUGCUGCUCUGCCAACUGCAGCACCAGUAAGUGAGCAGGGUGAAGCUCCACAAAGUGGAUCAAAACCUGAAACGCAGCCAGCCUCCACAGAAGGAGCCGGGCAGAAAGAGGAUGGCGGGCAUGUUUCAGUAACAAGUAGAGACCCACCAACUAUUGGGUUCCCUGCUGGUGGUUGGGGAGACUGGAGAAACAAAGUGCCGCCUCCGAGUCAGCCUGAACAAGAAGACUCUGGAAAGGUUAAUGUGAUUGUUGAUGAUGGUAAUGCUUCCGUCAAUGUGACGAUCGAUGACAAGAACAAAGGAGGAAGGAAAGGCAUUCUUGGUAUUUUCUUCAACAAACUACCGGUAAUUGGAGCCCAACAGGUAGGGAACAUGGACAAUGGAAUUGCAACUGGACUUCUAGAUGCGCAGGGUCCUGAAACUAAACUUCCUGUCUCAACCACAGAUGAGGCACCAGCACCAGUUCCUUCGAGACCAGAUGUUGUUGUUUCAGUCGAGCCGUCCACGAUCCCACUACCAGGAAGAGUUGCUAGUGGUAGGCAAUGGGACAUCCUGAAGAGCAUUGUAUAUGGUGGUUUGGCUGAGUUAAUCACAAGUCUCAGCAUUGUCACUUCUGCUGCUAGUGCUGAUACUGGUACAUUGAAGAUCAUGGCCAUUGGAAUAGCCAACCUCAUUGGUGGACUGUCCCUCCUUGCAACCAAUAUAAGCGACCUUAAAUGCGAGCAGCCAAGGAGGUUCAUUGUCUCCUCCGAGACACAGGAGGAAGCAGAAGUGGAUCGAUACUGUGACCUCCUCGGGCAGAGAAGUAACUUCAAGCGCCAUGCUUUCUUUGCAGUGCUGUCAUUCCUGGUUUUCGGCCUUGUCCCUCCAGUCGUCUAUGGCUUCUCGUUCAAGGAGAGCGACAACAGAGACUACAAGAUCGCAGCAGCGGCCGCAGCAUCUAUCGUGUGUGUGGUACUGCUUGCCUUUGGGAAGGCUCAUGUGCAGAAGCCGCCCAAGACCUACUUCAAGACGGUGCUGUUCUAUCUCACAGUUGGCUUCAUGGUGUCGGGGGUUUCUUUCGCGGCAGGUAACCUGUUCAAGAAGGUUAUGGACGAUCUUGGGUGGUUUGAGCCAGUUGCAGAAGCUCCCCCUGCUGCUGCUGCAGCUGCUAUUGCUGGGAUGGCAUCCGGUAUGCCUGCUUGGGGAUCCUAUUGAUCAGCUGGAUGAUCACAUCAGCGUACUGGAGUCGAUGUAGUAAUGAGAUGAUGGAUUCCUUUGUCGUUGCCAGCAGUUUAAUUCAGGCGGAAUUGGGGUUUUGAAGAGCUGUAGUUGAUGAGAGUAAGUAGUGAUCUGUUUGAUGUUUGUUUGAGCUUUUGAUGUCCUUAAAACAUUUUCUGCUCCUGGUGUUUCCAGUAUUUGUGAGUUUGUGAAGCAAAAACGACUUCCCAAAUUAUUUGUGUUACGGCUAUAGCCUAUUGGUUUUUGUUGUUGGUUCCUGCAGUAAAUCUCCAAUCUUCUUUGUUGUAUGCUGGUUGCGAAUUAAAUCGGUGAUUAAGGAAAAAGAGUUCAGGAUCUUCCUGUCGUAUCACAGAAUAAGGUUCUGUAGCGGCAUGGAAAGUUCAGACUGCGACUAAUGCUGCAAAUGCUGUUAAGUGUUAGCAGCAAGACUUUGCAUAAUAUUGGAGACAUGAAAUGUUAAUGGGAACACAACUUCGGACGUUAUUUACCAAACAUCAUCACAAUCAAGAAUAGCUUAUGAUCAGGAAUCCCAAACUGAAUCUGAAAGCCAAACCUCGACUCAUUUUCAUGGUGAGAUCCAUCAUUCUCAAGUUUCCACCUUGGAAAACCUAAAAUAUGAGCCUGGGGUUUCUUCUGCCUAGUUGACAGUACCCUUUCCCUUUCCCUUUCUGCUACACUACACGUUUUAGCACUCUUUUAGACUAGUUGCUCUGGCUGCCAACAGACAGUUUUAUGUUGCUUUCAGUAGAGCACUCCUGAUCAUUAGCCCAGGAGCUUAAGGCCUCGUUAAACAAUCAUCCAAAAGAAAGAAAAAUGACUUAUUCAGCUGUAGUCUGUAGAAAAUAAUGCAAGUGCAGAGAAAACUUAAAAAGAAAAUUUGUUUUUAGUGGGUUGGGUAUGUCAUGAACUAAUUGAUCCCAAUAACACUCAAUAACACACUCCCUCAAACGAAAGUCAACACAUGGGCUUGAAGUUUGCACAGACCCACCAUACCGUGUGCUUUAAUCAACUAUUAAUACUAAGGGUUCUAAAGAUUCGAACACACGAAUCACUUGGCCAAACCUUGUCUUCCCCAAAAUGACAUCUUCUCAAACUACCACCGAUUCGUCAUUCAUACCUUCCAUCAAUUUGGAAUUUUAAUUUAGGACUAUAGGUUAAAAAGCUAUUUACGCUCACAAUGCCUAGGUGAAUGAUGCGCUAGGCAAGACCAAAAUAUUUGCCUUAUGCCUAGUGUGUUCUAUUUCCUUCGUUAUUAUUAGGAUUAAACCAUGUUUAUUAGUUGAAUAUUGUAUAAUUUUUGGAUAAUUACCAAUACCAAUAUUGUAAAAUAAAGGGAUAAUAUCACUAUUUUUUUUUUUUUGGACAAAGGGAUCACUUAUAUUGCUCAACUAAUAAAAUCGGUUACAAAGAGGGGAUACAACAUGAGAAAACAAAUCAAGAAAGAACAACCUCAACAUCUAGAGGAACACACAAACCAACGAGGGGAAGAUCAGAACAAGAGAAAGCCAAGCAUGAUCCAACUAGACAAGGGCAUUCUAUUCUUGAACCGCAAACCAAAGCAUCUGAAUCACUCUUUGCAACCUCAUUUAUCAGAAAAACUCAAAGGAAAGCUUCAGCUCAUCCAAUACAGCAAUGACCAUGAUGAUUGAACAUUGCAACACCAUAUGCCGCCUCCUGGGAGUUGUUCGAAGACGACCCAUCACAGUGAAUCACCGAGGAGAUUACAUGGCGGUGGGCAGCACUAUACAGGAUUGUUCAGAGCUGAAACAAGGAGAGGGAGCCGGCAGCGGAAGCAUCCAUGACAAACCAGAGAGCAGGGAACACAAAGGGUUGAAAUGCCCACAAAAACCACAAGAAAGAAGACCCACCAGCAUGAGCCUCACCUGCAGAAACACAAAGCCAAAAAGAGUUCCAAGAACAGGAACACCAACAAGCAGCACAACCCAAUCCAUCAACAACAACCCACACCACACUGCAAAUCAACCCAAAAGAAGAACUCUGAUCUCAUAGAAACAUGGACCAUCCGCCACGACAAUCGGAAGAGACACCGCCACCCACACUGACGAUUGGCAAAGAUGCAGAGAUCAAGCAAGGAGCACAACAGCAGAGGCGCAACAGUGAACGUGAUCGCCCACGGGAACGACCACACCAAGAAGGAGGAAAUCUUCAAACCGAACCAGCAGAAGCACCCCCAAAUUGCAUCUUCCGUACACAAAACAGAGGAACAGAUCUAGAAAACUAGAUCUGAACAAGACACAACAUCUCCACCAGGGAGGAAUGUGGGAGGAACCACUUAGGAACCGAGAUAAAGCCACCAAGGGCUGGAAGAGCCAUCGAGGGCUGGAAAAUCAGAAUAGAUCUGCAAAAACCGAGAAGGGUAAAGGAAACAGGAAAAGCCAGCACUGAUCGGAGAGCAAGGAAACCACAAAGGAAAUCCGGCGAGCAAGAGAAAGGAAGAAAAAAGAGAGAAAUUGGGCCACCGCCGGUCACCAGAGUGGUGUCGGCGGCAGCCCUGUGAAGAAGAUGAUGGAAAGCUAGAGAGAAGGUGGAGUAUUCGUGUGUUGGUAUGGUGGAAGAGCUGUAAUUCACUGGGGAUAAUACCACUAGGAAACUCGAACUAGUAAGAAUGUGUCAUAUGUGUCCUAAAGUAUCUAAUAUGACAUUUGUGUCCUAAACUAUUUUUCCGUUAGAGUUGACCGGUGUUGACCGUUAGUAUUUAACAAAUGCCACAUUCUUAA